CACUCAGGUAAAGUGCUCCUGGUCCUGUUUGGUGUUCGACAGUUGGAUCAGUGACUUCAUGGCAGAAACACAAGCGUGCAGUCAGACAGAAGACAGAAAGACGUUAAAGACAACGUACGUUGGAUUUGUGCAGAUCUUGAGGAUCUAGGACAUUUAAAGAAAAGAAUCACAGGCCGGAGCGAUGGAACAGGACAAACAGAAGGAGAAGUGCGGAAACAAUUCUGAGAGCAUGACGGAGGAGAGCUUCAUCAAAGACCUGUACUUCUUCAUGAAGCAGAGAGACACACCGAUAGAGAGAAUCCCUCACCUCGGCUUUAAACAGAUAAACCUGUACCUGAUGUUUAAAGCAGUGAUGGAACUGGGAGGCUAUCACCAGGUGACUGCACAGCAGCUCUGGAAAAAAGUGUACAACAUUCUAGGAGGAAACCCUCGAAGCACCAGUGCAGCGACAUGCACACGCCGACACUAUGAAAAACUCCUUCUUCCAUAUGAGUAUCACUUAGCCGGAUACGGAGAUGAGAUUCCCAUCAGGUUACCUCGACAACGCAAACGCUUCCACCCCGAGGACGAGUACAGCCAGGGCUCCAAACGUGCAGACUUCGCACACUUACACCAGUAUAAUCAGUACCUCCCACCCGGUCCCAUGUCUCUACCCAGCUACAUGGCCAUGUCCCUGCCCCCUGUCCCUUCCCUCAGCUCUCCACUUCAAAGUAGACCCAUGAUGUCCUACAUCCCUCCUUCGUCAGUGGACACAGGAAACGUUAGACAAUCACUGGACUUCCUGCGUCAACUUGCUCAGGAGUACAAAUCAUCCUCCGGAUGGACGGAGCCUCUGAACCUCAGCAAGAAACAGAGCAGGCUGGAGGCAUCCAGCAGCAUCCCAUCAUCGUUCACGUCUCCGGCCGCGACAAAGAAGGAACCCAAGUUUUUAAAUGAAGCCCCUCCACUUCAACAAGGCAAUCAGUCAGGAGUUUGUGAAGCUCUGACUCCUGCACCUGCAGUCAAAAAUCAGACCUUCAGGGUUGAAUCACCUGUGAUCAGCGUCACAUCUUCUUGCUCCAGCAGUCCAAACUUGUGGAAAGUGGCUCCAAGUUCCACUCCUCCUUCUCCUCCACCUCGUGCUCCUCCUCCUCCUCCUCCUCCUCCUCCCCCUCCUAGGCCAAAUUACCCCAGCACAGUCCAGACCAAAUAUACACCACAACAAAGUUUACCGAUGUCCAAAUCAGGAUCCUCGGCCACAUCUCAGCUGAGCCCUGGACCCAUAAGCCCUACUUUAGCGUUAGACCCAUAUGGAGGAAUGGAGAUCCAAAUUCCAUUGUCUUUGCUCCAGAAUCUGAUCAAGGAAGGUAUUUUGAACACUAAUCAACAUUAUUUACCCAGAUCCAAGCUCAAUGAAACUCCAUCACUGCCUGAAAGAAUGAGCUUAGAAACUAACACUUCUGAACCUGCAGAUAUGAGCCUGAAGAACCAAGUGAGAAACAUCAACAAGAGUGACAUCAGCGUGAAUGCCAGCAGGACAGCUAAUGAAAGACAGGCAGCUGAGAGCAAAUAUUUUGCGGUGAAGCCCUUGCAAGCACCUGCACCUGUUAAGUUUCCUUUUUACAAUUACGUUUCUCACCUUAAAUCUCAACCACAAAGUGGUUUUCAGGAGCAACCGAUCUGCACCAAGCAAGUACCUUCAACCAGGCCUCAGAUCUCCAGCAUACAGUAAGGAUGCAGCCAGGACUGGAACCAUCAACUCUGCUAUGAUGUCAGAACUGCACUGGAUAACGUGAAGCUCUUCAUAAUUGGCCAGAUCAAUCCAGAGCAUCUGAAGCUUCUGUUUACUUCUGUCUAAACCACCAGACAGGAACCAAAGAUGGAUGAGAUCAGAACAAUUAUUUUGAACUUUGCAUCCACUGCAAUUUUAUAAAAGACAAUUUUUCAUGUGCUUUCUCAUUUUGCCCCUAAACCUUUUUUUUUGAUGUUAUAGGAAUAUCUAUUUUAAUACUUCCGGCUGAUCUCAUUGUCACCACAGUGGUGAUGAAUAUAAACAACAGUGUAACUGUUUCUGUUGCUCAUCUGUGACGUGACAUAUGGCUAAGUACGCUGACCCAGACUCAGAAUUCGUUCUCUGCAUUUAACCCAUCCAAAGUGCACACACACACAGCAGUGCAUUUAACCCAUUGAAAAAAGUGCACACACACACACACAGCAGUGCAUUUAACCCAUCCAAAGUGCACACACACACACAGCAGUGCAUUUAACCCAUCCAAAGUGCACACACACACACACACACACACACACACACAGCAGUGCAUUUAACCCAUCCAAAGUGCACACACACAGCAGUGAACACACACAUUGUUAACACACACCCGGAGCAGUGGGCAGCCAUUUAUGCUGCGGCACCCAGGGAGCAGUUGGGGGGUUCGGUGCCUUGCACAAGGGCACCUCAGUCGUGGUAUUGCCGGUCCGAGACUCGAACCCACAACCUUAGGGUUAGGAGUCAAACUCUCUAACCAUUAGGUCACGACUUCCCUUGAGGAAAUACAUCUUAGAGUUACUUUAGACAGAAAUGCACUGAUCUGUCCAUAGUUAGAAAAAAACUGCAUGUACUGUACAGCUGAUGUAAUGUACGCUAGCAGGCAGCAAUAAACGAGUUUAACACUAAGCAGGUACUGAAAUUUCAUACAGAUUUGUCUGUGUGGCAAAUUCCAUGAAAACCAGCAGUUCAGGUCUUCCUCCUUCCUCCUUCCUCCUUCCCGCUUCAGUGCCCUUGUUAUGAAACACGACGUUCGUAGUAAGAAAAACAUAUUUGUCUUCUGUAUGGAAAUAAAAUUCUCAAACAGCUUUUGCUUUACUGCUUAAUUUACCAAAACUUUAAAACUUCUCGCUCGUCCGUUAUAUGAGGUAUUGUUAAAUCACUGGAACAGUAUUACUUUCCUCCGUGAGUUGUAGAUGUGAUCGAUUAGAGAUCCUGGCAGGAAUGAGCAAAAAGAAGAGCUUGAGAAUGGGAGCAAAAACUGUGUUUAAUAAAGAAACACAUGAAGCUUCACUUAGUAAUUGAUUUUUAAGGAAUAUAAAAAUCAGGAAUAAGCUGCCUUAAUAAUAUAAUUAUAAUUAAUAAUUAAUUCUAAUGUGCUUGACAAACUGUGACUAUUAAAUUGGAUCUGUUGUAGAAAAAAACGAACUAUUUCUCGCGCUCCUUUUUGUUGAGUUAAGUUACUGUGCAGUUCUUCACACCUCAGGAUAUAACAGGAUGUAGGAAGUUUAAAAGAGUAAAUUAAAUGAAGAUAUCUGUGAAUAAGCAAAAAGAGAAAGGAUUCGUUUUUUUUUUACUCCUGUAAAUAUCACAUAUUAUUAUUAUUAUUAUUAUUAUUAUUAUUAUUAUUUUUAAAUGAUGAUCAAAUUUAGUAUAUACAGUAUGUGACAUUUUGGUGAUUGUUUGUAUAACGUGAUUCGAUGUCUGUAGAAUUUACAGUAAAACGAUAUGUUGUCGUGAAGUGUUUUACAUUUUCUAAAGCUGCAAAUAAAGCUCUUUUUGAAUGAA